UAAUACUAUAGAGUUGGCUAUGGUGAUCUUAUAGUGAAUCUAUAGUUAAUUAGCUUUAAUAAUGAUGUAUUCAUCCCUAUAGUAAGUAUCAACAAAUACAAGUUAGCAAGCAGAGCAGUUUCAAUUUGAAAGAUAGGGACUUUAUUAACAAAAUAAAAUACAUUGUUCACAGAAUAUGAAUACGAAUAACUUAAAUGUAAAACAUGUACAAGAACAAUUUCAGGCCCGAAACAGAAAUGGUUGGGCAAUGAAAUUAAGGGAAAAAGUGUCCCAACCCCUAUAUAUAAACACAUUUCACAUUCAUAUACUUACAACCCAUGCCUCUCCACCAAGUCAGAGAUGCAAACUUUGACAAGUUUGAGGCUGGUCUUCUCGGUAAGAAUGGCAUUAGUUUGCAGUUCAUCAAAUACUUCUGGAAUUUUCUUCUUAAGUAGAUCAGUUAGGCCGUUCAGAAGAACUGGUUCUUGGCUGAACAAAACAAUAAGAGCAAGCACAGCACAAAGUAAAGUUCUGGCCUGUGUGAUUUUUUGAAACACAAUUUAACAAGCAUGGUACAUGUAUACCUGAGUUUGACAGACUUCUCUUAGGACAGGCUGAAGAUCCGGUGCUUCAGAAAAGUGCACUUGGAAUCUGUCAAAGUUACUGAUGUUCUCACUUCUAUCAACAUCUAUAAACUCUUUGAAGUCUGUGUUGUAUUUUAAAAUCCUAUCCAGGACAAAUCCAAAUUCACCUAUUACUUCCAGGAGAUGGUUUGUGCUUUGGACACUGUAGAUUCUUCUUUUAAUUUCCUUUUUGCUAGGACUUUAACAGAUUCCUGCUGCUCAUUCCCGCUUCCUGUAAUUAUAAGAAAAAGACAAAUUCAUCCUGAUGUUGACUAAUCAUAUUAUGCCAGAUUAAAUUAAAUGCCAUCAUCUAUCAUCUUCUAGUUAAACCCAUUAAUACACACCUUAUAUAAAUUAUAAGCAGUAUGGUAAUUUUAAGUUAAUUAACUUCACCCAUAAAGACAACUUCUAGAGAAGCACAGGGGAUAUUCUGCUCAGCCUCCAGUGGCGUUUUCUCCUGGAGGCUGGGUAUUUCUUCAUAUUUUUUAUUUGUAUUAAAAAACAUCUCUCCGCUGUUGUCAGUGAGUAUUUUACAAAGACUGAAACAGCGCCCCUCUAAAUUAAUGUGUGGUGAAACACAGUAUAGCUUGGUUUCACGUGACGUCACACCGUUGCGUUCCUUUGGCGCGAAAUUCCAUUGGAGGUCAGGAAGUAAUUUUCUACAGAGGAUCUAGCUGCUGUUACCAUUGUGAAAAUGCCGGUGUGUUGUGUAGUUUACGGUUGUUCCAAUCGAUCCGGCCGAGAGAAAAACAAGAGGUUUUACCGAGUGCCGAAGGUUGUCAUCCAUAAAGCUGAGCAAUUUAAGAGGCUAACCGAAGAACGCCGGAAAAAAUGGCUUUCAAACCUACAUCUGCGGUCGGGAGGAGCAGAGUCGUCUAAUGCACGGGUCUGCAGCGACCACUUCAUCAGAGGGUGCCCUAGCGCUUUGGGUGACGUUGAGUCGGUAGACUGGGCUCCCACUGUUAGCCUCGGUUACCACACAACAAGUAAGCCCAGAUCAGAGGCAUCUCUUCGACGAGAGCAGAGGAUGGAGCUCAAGGAAGACCAACAAAGACAAUCAGAAUGUGCAGAGGCUUUGUUGGAUCUCCUGCAGACAACCGAGAGCCCAGAACCGACGCAGCCCCCGUCUGACAGCCCACAGCCAGAGGACACCAGUGGGAUAUUAAAUGACCAACAAGAUGCAGGAUGCCAGACUGAUUUAACGAUGUAGGACAUCGAGAGGAUGGAAGAUGUUCUGAGACAGAACACAACAGAGCUGGGAGAUCUUCGGACAAAGGCACUGGACACAAAGUUCAACCAGGAGUCCUUUGAGAACAACGAAGAGAAAACAAAGUUUUACACCGGGCUCCCCAACUUCUUAGUUUUACUUCAGGUUUUUCAACUGUGCGAGCCCUACAUCACCUGUGGCCCUAUGUCUGUGCUCUCCACAUUUGAACAGUUCAUUUUAGUUUGGCUGAGGCUGAGACUAAAUCUCCCUCUGAAAGAUUUGGCUUUCAGGUUCAACAUCUCUCUCUCCACUGCUUCUAGAAUUUGGCAUAAGUUAAUUGACAUACUUCACGAGAGUACAGAAUUUAUAAUUGAGUGGCCAGAGCGACAUGUACUUCAAGCUACAAUGCCAAUGGGAUUCAGACAGGCAUUUGGAUGUAGAGUUGCUGUGAUUGUUGACUGUUUUGAAGUUUUUAUUGAGAGGCCCUCUAAUUUACUAGCUAGAGCACAAACAUGGUCAAACUACAAGCAUCACCAUACUGUUAAAUUUCUGAUUGGUGUUGCUCCCCAAGGCUAUGUCACUUACAUAUCUUGUGCCUGGGGAGGAAGAGUUAGUGAUAAACAGAUCACAAUACAGAGUGGGCUCCUAAAAAACCUGUUACCUGGAGAUAUUGUCCUAGCAGACCGUGGGUUCGAUAUUGCCGAUAGUGUGGGAUUUUACUGUGCUUCACUAAAGAUGCCUGCAUUCACCAGGGGGAAAAGUCAGCUGUCAGCAUACGAGGUGGAAGAGACAAGAAAAAUAGCUAAUGUGCGUAUUCAUGUUGAAAGAGUCAUAGGAUUAGUCAGAAGAAAAUAUCAGAUUCUGCAAAGCAGGGCUGUGCCCAUAGAGCACAUGCUAACAAAACCAGGUGAGGCACUAGCAUUAAUUGACAAGAUUGGGGUUAUUUGCUGUGCCUUGUCUAAUCUGUCAGUGUCUGUCGUCCCAUUGGAGUAAAGUCAUGGAGCUGUAGUCUUGUAAAUAAGAAACCAUGUAUUAUUCAGUCUUAGUAUCAUUUAAUCUUUUCAGUAAACAUCUUUUUUACAAUAGCAAUAUAUCACACAGCCCUACUUCCUCUAGUGAGUGUGGUCAGUGAAUAUGAAGGUGCUGUAAUGCAGGUUAAAGAGCUGCCACUGUGCAAAUGUUACGUUCCCUUGUAAAUAUAGGGGUACAAAGGGAAGUAGCGACACACAACAUAACCGGCCGAGAGAAAAAGGAGAGGAAACUGAUCUCUGACGCCAUAAAGUGGUCUUUUAAUUAACACAACGAAAAAGGGCUCACCAGCCAACUUGUCAAACAAAGCUUAAGAUAAGGGGAGAGCGACUGCAACCUUCCUCAUGUCCUAUAUGGAGGCGCUGAUUGGAGAUUGGGAGCACCUGGGGAGAUCAGAGGGAGAGAGAAAAAGACACCCACACACACCCAAACACCAGCACCCACUACGGCACGUAAUAAUAAUGCAACAAGGAGAGAACCACAACUUCCGGGACCAGGACAGACCACAGGUGCUGGUAAUCACGCCUUCUCUCCCUCCUGAUCAUCUUGCAACUGAAACUGAAAAAUGGAACAGCAGACAGGGAGAGGAGGCUUUUAGUCACCUGAUAGUUAUGCACUAUCAUGUUCUUGUGGAAAAAAAUGAGCACAUCAACUCUUUAUGACUUUUACCUUUCCCCUUGUAAGUUGCUGUCCCAACACUUCAGGGAGAACACAUAGUCUGAAGAAACACUCAACUCUGGGAAUGAUGUUGUCCCACAGGUCCACAUCACGCAC